AUGGCGUCGCAUCCGACUCUCAAGGCGACUUACUCCUCCAGAGCGCAGUCUGCCACUCACCCUUUGAACGCCUAUCUCUUCAAGCUUAUGGACCUGAAAGCGUCCAACUUGUGCUUGAGCGCCGAUGUCGCUACCGCCAGGGAGCUGCUUUAUUUUGCCGACAAGCUUGGCCCGUCCAUCGUCGUGCUCAAAACCCACUACGACAUGGUGUCAGGCUGGGACUUUCAUCCUCAAACAGGCACUGGCGCGAAGCUGGCCUCGCUGGCCCGUCGCCACGGCUUCUUGAUAUUUGAGGAUCGCAAGUUUGGAGACAUUGGAAACACGGUCGAGCUGCAGUACACCGGUGGCUCUGCGCGCAUCAUCGAGUGGGCUCACAUUGUCAACGUCAACAUGGUCCCCGGCAAGGCAUCUGUUAGCUCGUUGGCGAACGCGGCCAGCCGCUGGUUCGAACGAUAUCCCUACGAAGUCAAGACGUCGGUUUCCGUAGGCACCCCCGUGGCAGACGACUCGGAACAAGAUGACUCGGGCUCCAGCAACGAAGACGACGAGUCUGUCGACAGGAGGCCCCCGCAGGCGCCGCAGGACGGACGCAAGGGCAGCAUCGUCUCUGUCACGACAGUCACGCAGCAAUACGAGCCUGCCGACUCGCCUCGGCUGAGCAAAACCACGUCUGGGCCUGACGAGGUCCUCUUCCCCGGCAUCGAAGAAGCGCCUCUGAGCCGCGGACUUCUCAUCCUGGCGCAGAUGUCCUCGGCGGGCAACUUUAUGAACAAGGAGUACACAGACGCCUGCGUGGACGCUGCCAGAGAGCACAAGGACUUUGUCAUGGGCUUCGUCUCGCAGGAGACUCUCAACAGGCAUCCCGACGAUCAAUUCAUUCACAUGACGCCCGGCUGCCAGCUGCCGCCAGAGGACCAGGACCAGGACCAGGAUGCCAAGGUCCCGGGCGACGGAAAGGGCCAGCAGUACAACACGCCGCAAAAGAUUAUCGGCUCGGCUGGGGCAGACAUUGUCAUUGUCGGCCGGGGUAUUCUCAAGGCCGGGGAUCCGGAAGGCGAAGCGGAGCGAUAUCGCUCUGCUGCGUGGAAGGCAUACACGGGGAGGGUUUGCUAG